CCAUCUUACCUCAUCAAAUUUCUAUUGCACUCCAUUUGGUGUAUCACUUUUCGAUUAUUAUUAUUAUAGUGUUAACAACUUAGAGAGAAUCUCUAUUCUUUCUUAAAUAGCUUCAAUGGCUCAGAACACUGCUGGAAAGCCCAUCCGAUGCAGAGCUGCAGUAGCGAGAAAAGCAGGGGAGCCAUUAGUGAUAGAGGAAAUCAUAGUCGCCCCUCCCAAAGCGCGGGAACUUCGCGUUCGAGUCUUAUGCUCCGCCCUUUGUUUCAGCGACAUCCAUUUCUGGAGACUCCAAGAACCACCUCAAGUAGACUAUUAUCCAAGAAUCUUUGGGCAUGAAACUGUUGGGGUUGUGGAGAGCGUUGGGGAGGGAGUGGAGGGUGUGAAGGUGGGAGACAGUGUGAUUCCAUCAUUCUUGGCUUACUGUGGAGAAUGCCCUGACUGUAUUUCCAUCAAAAGCAACCAAUGCUCCAAACUCAGAUUUGAACUCUCUCCUUACAUUAGGGAUGGCACCAGCCGCUUUUCAGACACCAAAGGGGAGACGAUUUACCACUUCGGGUACACCUCCGGUUUCAGUGAGUACACUGUGGUUGACAUCACUCACGUUACCAAAGUCGACCCUGCACUUCCACCUAGUAGAGCAUGCCUCCUUGGCUGUGGUGUCUCAACUGGUGUGGGUGCUGUGUGGAAAACAGCAGAUGUUGAAGCUGGUUCAACCGUUGCUAUUUUCGGAUUGGGAGUUAUUGGAUUAUCGGUUGCUGAGGGAGCAAGACUUCGUGGAGCCAAAACCAUUAUAGGCGUGGAUUUGAACCCGGAGAAGGCUGAAAUAGGUAAAAAGGUUGGCAUCACACAUUAUAUCAACCCAAGGGAACUUGGAGGCAAACUUGCAAGCGAGGUAAUCCUUGAGAUGACCGAUGGGCUUGGUGCUGAUUACUGCUUUGAAUGUGUUGGUUUACCAGCCCUAUCACAAGAAGCAUUCGCUUGCUGCAGAAAGGGAUGGGGGAAGACGGUGAUAUUAGGAGUGGACAAGCCCGACUCGAAGUUUAUCCUCAACUCCCUAGUGAACGAUCACAGCGGGAAAAGUGUCAUAGGUGUCCAAUAUGGUGGUCUCAAGCCUAACCUUGAUAUUCCCCUUCUCACCAAACGUUACCUGGACAAGGAACUUCAGCUGGACUUGUUUGUGACACAUGAGAUCAAACUGGAGGACAUCAACAAGGCCUUCCAGCUUCUCAUUGACGGAAAGUGUCUCAGGACCGUCAUUUGGUUGGAUCAGGAGAGGGCAAUCUCCGAUGGUGUCACUUUCAAUGAAAUAUGAUUCAUGAUCGAGUAGAUUGUCACAAGCACCAUCCAUAUCCAGGAUCUUUGAAUUUGCUCAUCAAGAUUUGUGUGUUUUUGUGAUUGGACCCAGAAGUUAAAAUGGGUCAAUAGUGUUGUGUUUGUUUGUUUGAAUAAAUAAGAUCCACGUGUCUGGCUUCCUGCAGCUUUCAAGUUUUUCGUCUUCCCAGCCAAGCUAGCCAGCUAGCUACACUCCAAGUCUCCAAGGGCUUGGCUAGUUGGCUUGGUUAGUUAGGACUUAGGAGUGUUUUUAUGGGGUAUUCAAUUAGGCACUAUUGCUAUCUUUGUACUGUAUCAUCAGCUAUAGCCUAAGCUUAUAGGCUAUAGUACAUGAAUUGUGUGUUUGUGAUAAAUGAGUUGUAUUGAAUAAAUCUGUUCUUCCAAGUUCAUAAUUCCAGAUCCAAAUUUUACUCAUUAGCACCU